CGUUUGAUCUUUGAAUAAAAAGUCCCUCUCUCUCUUAAUUGUUUUCACUGAAACUUCCUUAUUGAUCACUGAAACUUCUUGUUUCUCUUCCCACUACACUUUUUCUCAAUCUCUCUCUGUUUCCUCUUUCUUUAACAGCUGAAGACUUGAAUUGAAUCUAUAAACUCGAUUCUCUCAUCCGUCGAUAAAGGUUCCAGUAUGGAAGAGACUUUUGAUUUGAGAAAUGAUGUAGAAUUGGCAACAUCAGUCUCUGAUAAGCAUCGUGAUCUUCUGAGGCCAUCUGCUCGAAGUUAUUCAAUUUUUAGAGGUCAGGCAGCUGAUGCUCCUGAUCAUGAUAGAGGCAAGUAUGCUCUAAUUCGAGACCCAGAGGACCUGCAAACCGGACUUUACGACAAACCCCUUCCAUGUUUUGGAUGCGGAAUUGGAUGGUUCUCAUUUCUUGUUGGAUUUCUAUGUCCACCUCUGUGGUACUAUGCAACUAUUCUCUAUUUUGGAAAUUACUACAUGAAGGAUCCUAGGGAACGUGCGGGAUUGGGAGCCUCUGCAAUUGCUGCUUUAAUAUCCUCUGUGGCAUUGCUUAUCAUAGGAGCUAUUCUUCUGUUGCAUUCACUCUGAUACUGUGAAAAUAUAGAGGUGCCUAAGACGGAUAUCUGAAAAAAAUAAAAUUGCAUACAUGUAUUUCAAACUAUAAAGGGAUUAUUGGUGGAGUAAAUAUCUGUAAAUUGAGAGAAAGAUAUUUCUUUUAUAUCAUGUGUAAACAAAAGAAAUCUCACAUAUUUUUUACUGUAUUUUUUCCAAUCAAGAUAUUUGUAUGUUGAAGAACACUUUGAAUGUCAAUUUUUAAUACAAAUAUAAACAAGAUAUAUAAGAAGUAAUCAAUCAUGUUCACAGUUUAGUUCUCGACGACAACAACUGAACAGAACCAGAAAUAUUGUUCAGGGAAACCGAACCGAACUAGCUUUGGUUCAUUUCAAACAAAGCUAAAGCCUCAGUUCUAUGAUUUAUUCCGAAAUAAAGAACUGAUUUAUUCCGAAAUAAAUCAUAGACAUAAGACUUUAGUAAUUUGAAUAUAAUGAUAGUUUUCAACCACUUACUUUGAACCAUUUUGAUCUGGUCACAUAGUUAAUU